CAAAAUGAAAAAAGGAAGUUGGAAGUUGGAAUCGCAAGCAAAACACACCAUUUCCCUCACUGCCUCUGGGGAGCGGAAAUUGGGAGGAAACCGGUGACGGUGAAGGGGGAAAGAAAAGGAAGUGUCAACCUCGAUUGAACAUUCAACAAUCAAAGAAGAAGAGAGAAAAUGUGUGGGAUAUUCGCGUAUCUCAAUUACAACGUGAAUAGGGAGAGGAGGUACAUAUUGCAGGUCCUAUUCAAUGGUCUUCGCCGUUUGGAGUAUCGCGGUUACGAUUCCGCCGGAAUCGCCAUUGACUCUGAUCCAAAACCCGCGCCACAUGCCUCCUCCGCUUCCGCUUCCGAUUCCGAUCCUCCUCCUAUCGUCUUUCGCCAGGAAGGCAACAUCGAGUCCCUCGUCAAAUCUGUCUACCAAGAUGUGUCUAAAUUGGAACUAAACUUGGAGGCAUCAUUUUCCACUCAUGCUGGAUUAGCACACACCCGGUGGGCCACUCAUGGAGAGCCUGCUCCCAGAAACAGUCAUCCACAGAGCUCAGGUCCCGGAAAUGAAUUCUUAGUUGUUCAUAAUGGAGUUAUCACUAACUACGAGGUUUUGAAAGAAACACUCAUCCGACAUGGAUUCAUCUUUGAAUCUGACACUGACACAGAAGUCAUUCCAAAGCUAGCAAAGUAUGUUUAUGAUAAAGCAAAUGAAGCAGCAGAUGGCCAGGUUGUUACCUUUAGUCAAGUUGUUCUGGAAGUUAUGAGGCAUCUUGAAGGAGCCUAUGCCCUUAUUUUCAAAAGUUCGCAUUACCCUAAUGAAUUGAUUGCGUGCAAGCGUGGUAGCCCACUGCUCCUAGGUGUUAAAGAAAUGACAGAAAAUAAGGAGAAUGGUUCUGCAUUUGAUGACAACAAAACCCUAUCAAAAGAUGGAGGCCCCAAGGAAUUGUUUUUGUCUAGUGACGCCAAUGCUGUGAUUGAGCAUACAAAAAAAGUGCUAGUUAUUGAAGAUGGUGAAGUAGUUCAUCUCAAGGAAGGGGGGGUUUAUAUUUUGAAGUUUGAAAAUGACAAGGGAGAACGUGUUGCUUCUCCUACAAAAAUUGCUUCAGUGCGCCGUGCAUUAUCUGUCCUUGAGAUGGAGGUUCAGCAGAUAAACAAAGGACAUUAUGAACAUUAUAUGCAGAAGGAAAUUAAUGAGCAACCAGAAUCUCUAACAACCACUAUGAGGGGGAGGCUUAUACUUAGAGGAUCUAGCAAAUCCAAGUCUGUUUUGCUGGGUGGACUAAAGGAUCACCUCAAAACAAUUAGGCGGAGUAGAAGGAUACUUUUCAUUGGUUGUGGUACAAGUUAUAAUGCUGCUUUGGCAGCAAGGCCUAUCUUAGAAGAACUUACUGGUAUUCCUGUCACUAUGGAGAUUGCUAGUGAUCUACUGGAUCGGCAGGGCCCAAUAUACAGAGAAGAUACAGCUGUUUUUGUUAGUCAGUCCGGUGAAACUCAUGACACACUAGUUGCACUGCAAUAUGCUUUAGACAAUGGUGCACUAUGUGUUGGAAUAACAAACACUGUGGGUAGUGCAAUUGCAAGGAAUACUCAUUGCGGUGUUCAUAUAAAUGCUGGUGCUGAGAUAGGUGUAGCAAGUACCAAGGCAUACACAAGUCAAAUAGUGGUGAUGGCCAUGUUGGCUCUUGCAAUAGGAGGUGAUACACUCUCCAAUCAAGCUAGAAGAGAAGCCAUAAUAGAUGGUCUAUUUGACUUGCCAAAUAAAGUCAGAGAGGUGCUGAAGCUUGAUCAGGAAAUGAAAGAUCUCGCAAAGCUAUUGAGUGCUGAGCAGUCACUUCUUGUCUUUGGGAGAGGAUACAAUUACGCAACUGCUCUGGAGGGAGCUUUGAAAGUAAAGGAAGUGGCACUUAUGCACAGUGAGGGGAUACUUGCUGGUGAAAUGAAGCAUGGUCCUUUAGCAUUAGUGGAUGAAACUCUCCCAAUUGUUGUUAUAGCCACGCGCGAUGCUUGCUUCAGCAAGCAGCAGUCUGUUAUUCAGCAACUUAUUGCCCGCAGAGGCCGCCUGGUAGUUAUGUGUUCAAAAGGGGAUGCUUCUUCUGUAAGCCCUAGUGAAACUGUUAGGGUAAUUGAAGUUCCACAAGUUGAGGACUGUCUUCAACCUGUUAUUAAUGUAGUUCCCUUACAGUUACUGGCAUAUCAUCUCACUGUACUGAGGGGAUUCAAUGUUGACCAGCCACGUAAUCUUGCCAAGAGUGUCACUACACAGUAGACUCAUGGAUUCCACUUCCUUCCUUGGAUUCUGACAAAAAUUGAAAUAGAGGCCCUCUUUAUUGUUCUUUUGUGUGAUGAUUUCUGAUGAUGAAUAGACCUUUUUUGAGUUUGACAUUUUUUGAGGGUACUAUACAUACUAAAGCAUUGUAAAUUACUGAUAGAUGUAGGCGGAUUGUUCCAUCAAUAGAGCCAGCUUUUCAUGAGGACGAGAGCAGAACAUGAACCAUUUACUCUGAGGUAUUUGAAGAAUUUAUUCAGUAUGGUUAUUAUAACUUUGAUGUACUAUUAUAUACCAAAAUCUGGGAAUGGAAACCUUCUCUGUUGCUUAGGCUUGGUUAUGUAGAAAAGAAAAUAUCGGGUUCUGUAGUCA